AUGGUGCUUUGCUUCAAGCUGAACGGCGUGCCGCACCAGUUUGCAGGCUCCUGGCGCAUCUCCAUAUCCGAAGCUGUGUCCGACGCUGCACAGCGAGUGCUUUGGUACUUUGGACAGGGCACAGGUUUCCAGGGCACUUCACUGAGUGCCGCAGCACAAGUAGCUGAGUCAAUGCCGCCUCAGCUAUUGUCUCCGAAGGAGGCCCUCACCACAAGUUCCGGCAAUGCUUCUCUUGGAAGCGAGCCACGACAUGCAGUAGAGGACAAGACGAUUCUCAUGCAGGUUCAGAAUAUGUUGCAGAAAACAUUCUCAAAGGACACAGCAGCUGGCGACAAGGUUUGGGUGUGGACAUAUGAGCCAUCGCUUGCUGAUCCGCAAGUGUUCCGUGCUUUCGCACAGGUGCCUGCACUUGGCCGAACCUUCCAGGGCGACUGGUGCCGAGGCAAAAAGUUUGCGCAGCGCAACGCGUGCCUCGCAGUCAAGGCCUUCUUGGAAGAGCAGGGUUUGGGCACGGACAUUCCUUGA